CAAUUCCUCGUACGACCAGAGGAUCGGAAAUAUCAAAGGAUAUUAUGGCGCAGCGCGAGUGGAGAAACAGAAACAUAUGAGCUUAACACCGUAAUACUCUUAUCAUAGAAAUAGAAGCAGUCCUCAAUUCCCGCCCUCUAACUUCUAUCUCCACCGAUCCAAAUGAUCUCCUAGCCCUCACUCCCGGACAUUUCCUCAUUGGCGAUUCAUUAAUGUGCUUACGUGAUCGAGAUUUCAGGGACAUUCCAUCGAACCGACUCUCCAAAUGGCAGCAUAUCCAACAGCUUAAACAACAUUUUUGGAACCGCUGGCAUAAGGAGUAUUUGAACGAGCUAACCAACCGCAAUAAAUGGAGCAAGGGUGGACACAGCAUCCAAAAGGGCACAAUCGUCAUCCUCAGAGAGGACAACGUUCCCUCCAUGCAUUGGCCUCUGGGCCGAGUUAUCAAGAUUCAUCCAGGCGCCGAUGGUGUCAUCCGGACAGCUACAGUUCAGACGGCAAAGAGCAUUUUGGAUCGGGGCGUCAAAAGGCUUGUCCCACUGCCAAUUCAACCCGAUCUCGAGAAACCCGAACAACUAGCCACCGAGACGAAAUAAGAUGGGAACUUCAACCACACCUCCCUAGUUUGAUCGGUACCCUCUCAACGGGGGGAGAAUGUUACGCCAUGCGGCUUACCAUAGGUCAUAUUCUUAACUAUCGAUCGCGGCACUAUAAUGUCGCAGACGGAUCGUCGUGUCUGCCCGGCAAACAAACAUUGUAGUGGCAAGCGCAUGGUUCAUUAAGCAGGGCGACUUCCAGAAACGUCGACUCGUGGCCCGUAUUUUACCUCGCGUAAAAGAAUGUGGCGUGAUCCGAACGUAGUGGGGGUCGCCUUCCAGAAAAAACGAAAAAAAUCGAAAGGCGUUCAGAACUUUUCGAGAUGUCGAACCGUCAACACAUGUGAAUGUACCACACCGGACAAUCAAGAAGGCAGGUGCCUUGACUACAGAAAAUGUAAACCUCUGCAAGAAAUAUGGCAGAUACAGUACCGUACAGCCACCGAUUUUUAUAGACGAUCAGUGUGCAGAUACCAGGGCAAUGUUACGAUCGUUUGCUGUCCGAACGAUCCAAACAAAGAGAAGAGAGAAAUUUUAAUAAAAACUGUGUAUAAGUAUAAGGCUUUGCGACCACCAUACUGUGGUUUUAGCAACGUCUCUCAUACCAGGGUGGUCGAUGGUAAACCAGCUGAACUUGGCGCUUGGCCAUGGAUCGCUGCAUUAGGUUUUCGUAAUCCCCGAAACCCAGACAAACCACUAUGGAAGUGCGGAGGUUCCCUGAUAUCGGCUAGGCAUGUUUUGACCGCAGCACAUUGUGCACAUAUGGAUGGAAUAGAAAACAUACACAAUCAUAAUAUUGUCAUUCUUAGAUUGGUGGAGGAGGUGCCAUUUUCGAGGUACGUAUAUCCCAUUUGUACGAAAGAGCCCCUACGAAAGAGCAACUUCGUCGGCUAUAACCCCCUUGUUGCUGGAUUGGGAGCAUUAAGAUAUAGACGACCACGACGUAAUGCAUUAAUGGAAGUACAAAUGCCAGUGAUUAAGAACGCCGAAUGCAAAAUAGCUUAUUCCAAAUUUCCUAAUGCACCUGAUAUCACUGAUGGUAUAAUAUGCGCCGAACAUGCUCAGGGUGGAGAGGAUUCUUGUACGGCUGACCGCGGCGGACCACUGCUGAUACAACAUGAAUUAACCUCGUAUUUAAUAGAUUAUAGAUUCCUAUACGACUCUCAGUAAAAAUUUAUCCGCACUCCAGAUAGUUAAAACUUCUGUCGACCGUAUUGAUCCAUCUGCACUCUUCGUAUGACGUCAAUAUCUGUUCAGUGCUGCUGCGCAGGUUUCUUUGUGUUACGUCAAUUCGUUUGUGACCGUUGCGCGAGUAAUGGCGCUUUGCAAUGGUGAUUUGCAGGAAAACAGUGCAGGAUGCUGUGAUUCGUUUCUUGUGGUCGGAGGUUAUGUUUGAUGCCUAUAUUUAUCAAAGAUUUAAUGCACAUUAUGGAGAAAGUGUUUUGUCACGAAGUGUGUUUGAAUGGGCACAAAAGUUCAAAGAAGAUCGCACGAGUGUUAUGAAAAAACAGCUGGACGCCCGUCCACAUCCACGAUGACAACAUUGAACGUGCUCAUGAACUUAUGCUCUAUGGAAUAGACGAGUGACACUGGAUAAUGUGGCAAAUCAUUUGCAAAUCAGCCACGGCUCUGCUUAUGCAAUAGUGCACGACAGAUUUGGAUUUUAAAAAGUUUGUGCGAGAUGGAUGCCGAAAAAGCUGAUGAAAAGGUGAAGACGACGAUGCAUUCGUGGUUCGCAGCUCAGCCCAAAACAUUUUUUAAUGAGAAAAUACAAAGGUCCUUCGGCAAAUGGACAAAGUGUAUACAGAAAUCGAGUGAUUAUGUCAAAAAAUGAUGUAUGUCUUUUUUGACAAUUGCUUAAAAUAAAUUCUACACCGACAGAGCGGGCUGUUAAUCUAGAGGCUGGAGUACAAAGAAGUGGCACAAUGAUGUGGGCUGAUGACAUUUAUAAUUAUCAAGGAAUCACCCCUACAUUCGCUCAGAAUUUUAAUGAAACUGUCCCUUGGGAAGGAAGAACUGAUACCUUGAUAUCACGGUUUGUACAUCCUAUAUAUACGACAAAUUUUAGAACAUUAUAUAACGAAGAACCAGAUCGUCGUGGCCAUGUGAUGUGAAUAAAAGGACUUGAAUUUGAUGAUAUUUUUAUAAUGUUAGAUAACAUAACUAAGUAUCUUCACAGUAAGAUAGGAUGACAUGGUUUACAUGAUCUUAAUGUUGUUCA